CACACACCCAGGAGUCAUCGAGGUUCCCCUUCAAGUUAACUGACCACAUAGCUGAGGAGAAAGCUCUGAAGACAUGGCACCAUCAGGAACCAGGGGCGUACUGGAACGUCUUAAUGCCGGUGAGGUGGUAAUCGGAGAUGGGGGUUUCGUCUUUGCCCUGGAGAAGAGAGGGUAUGUGAAGGCUGGACCAUGGACACCAGAGGCCGCCGCGGAGCACCCUGAAGCCGUGCGACAGCUGCACAGGGAGUUCCUGAGAGCGGGAGCAAAUGUCAUGCAGACGUUCACAUUCUACGCCAGCGAUGACAAGCUUGAGAACAGGGGCAACAGCCUUAGCUUCACAGGAGCCCAGAUCAACCAAGCAGCCUGUAACCUCGCCAGGGAAGUAGCCAAUGAGGGGGAUGCCCUGGUGGCAGGGGGCGUGUCCCAGACACCCUCCUACCUGAGCUGUAAGAGCGAGACGGAGGUGAAGGCCAUCUUCCAGAAGCAGCUGGAUGUCUUCAUCAAGAAUAAUGUGGACUUCCUGAUUGCUGAGUACUUUGAGCACGUGGAGGAGGCAGAGUGGGCUGUGCAGGUUCUGAAGAGCACAGGAAAGCCUGUGGCUGCUAACCUUUGUAUUGGACCAGAGGGAGACAUGCAUGGAGUUAGCCCAGGGGACUGUGCUGUCAGACUGGUGAAAGCUGGUGCCGACAUUGUGGGGGUCAACUGCCACUUUGACCCCAUGACCUGUGUUGAAGCUGUGAAGAAGAUGAAGGAGGGAGUGGAGAAGGCAGGUCUCAGAGCCCACUACAUGGUGCAGCCUCUGGCCUUUCACACCCCCGACUGCAACUGCCAGGGUUUCAUUGACCUGCCAGAGUUCCCCUUCGGCCUGGAGCCUAGGAUCCUGACGCGCUGGGACAUGCAAAAGUACGCCAGGGAGGCCUACAAUGCUGGGAUCCGCUACAUUGGUGGCUGCUGUGGGUUUGAGCCCUACCACAUCAGGGCCGUGGCUGAGGAGUUGGCCCCGGAGAGGGGGGGCCUCCUCCCUUCAGCCUCAGAGAAGCACGGACCCUGGGGGGCCGGUCUGGAGAUGCACACCAAGCCCUGGGUCAGAGCCAGAGCACGUAAGGACUACUGGGCGUCCCUGAAGCCAGCGUCAGGACGACCCCAGUGCCCUUCCUUGUCCUCCCCAGACAGCUGGGGCGUCACCAAGGGUCAUGUCGAGCUCAUGCAGCAGAAAGAGGCCACCACCAAGGACCAGCUCAAGCCACUCUUUGAGAAGGCCAAGACCCACUAAACCGCUCCACCCUGCCUACUGGUGUGGGCACUGAGUUAAGCCUCACUGCCCUGGGAUUCUCCUGGAGCUCAUCAACUAGAGCUGUAUAUCUGAUGAUCUUCUUUAACAUCUGCACAAUGCUUGUGUCUAAGUCGGAGUGUUUAAAAUAGCUAAACUGUGCUAUGGCUAACUUUGAUACAGAAAACUGUUCUGUAGCUAACAUUGCUUUGGAAAAUUGUGCUAUAGCUAACUGGUGUAUGGCAAACUGUUAUGAGAUACUCGCCUUGUUGUUCAGCAAUCACUUCAUACAGUCUUAAAUGUCAAAGUCCCUCACUAGAGACAGAAGAGUAUUUAUGUACUCUUUCUUAGUAGAUAUGUUGCUUGUGAUUAGUGAUAAGGGCUCUCAAGUUUUAUCAAAAGUUUGUCGUGAGAUGACCAUACCUGUCAACUCUGGUGUUUCUGAUUGGAAGACAGCUCUCAACUGGGCAGAAAAACGUACCUCCGUAUGCCUGUGCCUCGACCAUUAUUAUACAUAGCGGGACAAGUUAUCCCUUCUCAGCUUGGGAAAUACAAGGUGUUGUGUGAGAAAUGGUUGAAAUGAGUGAGUCUUUCAGCCAAUGCAUGAGACUUGAGAGCCCUGAGUGAAUGUGCCCUGCAUGAAUACGUCAAGCUGUGGGGCCUCUUUCACACUUUCAACAAGAUUGUGUAGCCAUGUAUAAUAAAAUAUGACUUUGUAAAACGCUA